UCGACCGACCUGGAAUUUAUCGAUUUUAUUUGCUUCUGUACCUGUAGUAUUUUAGCUGUAAUUCAAUGGUAAAUUGUAAUUAACAUUGUAAAUUAACUUUAUACGAUGGCAGAAUUACUGCUAGAUCCCAAUAUACGAGGAUGGGUGUUUCUUCCCAUAGUAAUAAUCACCUUUUUAGUUGGAAUUGUUCGACACUAUGUUUCUAUUAUUCUGUCGUCUCAAAAGAAGAUCGAACUAUUGCAGGUUCAGGACAGUCAAGUGAUGAUUAGAGCGCGACUGCUACGCGAGAACGGAAAGUACCUCCCGCGGCAGUCGUUUGCGAUGCGCCGCCACUGGUUCAACAACGAGGAGACUGGCUACUUUAAGGUGCAGAAAAGGGCUCCCGCGUCACAGAACCCCAUGACAGACCCCAGCAUGAUGACAGACAUGCUGAAGGGCAAUGUGACUAAUGUGCUGCCCAUGAUCAUCAUUGGAGGCUGGAUCAACUGGAUGUUCAGUGGUUUCCUCACAACCAAAGUGCCCUUCCCGCUGACGCUGCGCUUCAAGCCGAUGUUACAGCGCGGCGUGGAGCUCAUGUACCUGGACGCCUCCUGGGUGUCCUCGGCGUCUUGGUACUUCCUCAAUGUGUUUGGCCUGCGGACCAUCUACACGCUUGUGCUUGGGGAGAAUAAUGCCGCAGACCAGUCGAAGAUAAUGCAAGAGCAGAUGUCAGGCGCCGCCAUGGCGAUGCCUCCGGACCCAAAAGCCGCGUUCAAGGCCGAGUGGGAGGCUCUCGAGAUCACCGAACACAAGUGGGCGCUCGCCAACGUCGAGGCUGAACUUCUGACAGAGUCCAAAUAGGCUGAUGCCUGAUACUAGGGAUCCCUUUGUUUGUUAUUGAGUCAUCAUGUAAUUAUUGUCAAAUUAUCAUUAGUCAUAAUUCUGAAACCGUUAACUUUUCAGGAUUUUCGUAAGGUAAGUUUUAUGGCAAUCCUGAAAAGUUACGCGUUUCCAGGCGUGACUCCGCGAUUUCAUCGCGCCGCUACAAGUACAUGCGGCCGUCCCCAAUUCUGGGGUCUAGCCAUAGUAAUUGCCGCGCACCGCUACGGAACGGACGCCUGUUCGCGCUUGCGCCACCUAGCGGUCAUAUCUGUCGUAAUAGAUGCGUUUUGUUAGAGAGUGAAUCUUCUGUACCUAUAGUACUAUUAUUAAUUCUGUGGCGUUUCUGAGAAAAACCAAAUUACGACUUACGAAAAUGCGGACAAACAAUACAUUAUGACUUAAAACUUUAUGGCAAACAAUAGAGACCCCAUACUAGUAUAAAAAUACUUUGGCUAUUGGUAGACCUUAUUUUUAGAGUUUUGAAUGAUUCACGGUUAGUUUCACUAGACUUAUAUUGACCGGGAUAUAGACCGUGAUUACCUUUUGUAUUAUUUAUGAGUUUUAACUAUAAAACUCCCGUGAGACUCAAA